GUCCCCCCGCAGGCUCGCUCGGAUCUGCAGGAUGUCCCCGUUCUUGGACAGCAUCGCCACCAUCGUCGGCGUCUUCCAGCAGCACGCCCGGGGAGAUGGGGACGGCUCCGGGCUCAGCCGCAGGAGGAUGAGGGAGCUCAUCCAGAGGGAAUUCGCAGAUUCCCUGGUGAAGCCACACGACCCUCAGACCAUCGAGAAGAUCCUGCAGUUCCUGGAGUGGGACGGGGACGGGGACAUCGAUUUUAACGAGUUCCUCCUCCUGGUGUUCCGGGUGGCCAAGUGCUGCUUCUGGUUCCAGCCGAGGGCCCCGUUCCUGGUGCAGAGGACAAAGAUCCCGACCGGCGGAAAAUCCCUGCGGGAGCCGGAAUUCAGGAGCAGAGGGAGCCGCCGGCAGCUCCAGGAGGAGGAGGAGGAGGAACGACAAACCUGGGAGAGGAAUGGUGAAGCUGAGCUGCAAGGAAACCUCAGGGUCAGGGAGGUGGAAAUCUCGGAGGAAACGAGGAGGGAUCAGCAGGAACAUCGCACGCGGAGCAGGACGGAUGUGGAACCACGCGGGGAGCUGAUCCUUCGGGAACACCGGGAACGGAGCCAGGAGCCGUGCGAGCAGCGGGAGAGCCGGAGAAGGCGGCAGCCCCCGGAGCCAGACAGACGGGAGGGAGAGAGGAGAGACCGGGAGGGGCUCCGGGAGGAAGAACUGGCAGACGUGAGGACAGGCAGGCAACGCCGAGAACCCCAACCACGGCCGGACCGGUGGAGCCGCCAGGAGCCAGGGCGUGAUGAAAGAACCCAGUGGCCACGAGGAGCAGAUGGAGAAGGUGACAAUCGGCCACGGGAACCCGAAUUGCUCCGGGAAGAGAGGAGCCGCCACCGCCGGCAUGAGCUGGAACAAAGAGAGCUGGAAGGGAGAAGCUGCCGGGCGGCUGAGCUGGAAUGUCCGGAGUUCAGGCGGCCACAUCAGUCGUACCUGGAGGAACCGUUAGAGAUCGACCUCGGGGAAUGUGGGAGAGCAGAGCCAGAGGAACGCGGCGACAGACGGAGAACAAGGCGGGAACGGGAGCUGGAAUCUGCGGAAAGGGAAAGGGAGAUCCGGGAGGAGCAGGAGAGGGAGGAAAGAGAUGAUCCCAGAAGAAAAGGGAGAAUGAGAGAGAGGAGGGUGAAUCAAGAACGGGAGGUGGAGGUCUCUGAGCGCCGGGCAAGGGAAAGGGAGGAAGAAGUGGCCGCAAUCAGACAGAGAGAGACACGGGAGAGACGAGAGCGAGAAAUUCGUGAGGCUGAAAUAGAUGCAAGGAGAGAACAAGAAGUGCAAGACAGGAGAAGAGAGAUCUCAGUGGAGGCAGCUGAAGCCGAUGUCAAAGUGCGCCGUGAGAUCCGGGAACGAGGUGAGGAGCUGAGAAGGAGAGAACGUCCCUGUGAGCUUGAAGAAGACAGAAGAAUUUGCCCAAGAAGAGACAGGGAAGAGCCCCGGAGGGAGAGGAGAAUCGACCGUGAACGGGAGCUGGAGCUGGAGGUGUCCGAGCGCCGGGCACGGGAAAGGGAGGAGAGACAAGAGCGAGAAAUUCGUGAGAUUGAAGAUGAUGGAAGGAGACAAAGAGAAACUCUGAGGUACGAAAGGGACAGAGAGAUCUCAGUGGAAGCAGCUGAAGCCGAUGUCAAAGUGCGCCGUGAGAUCCGGGAACCACGAGAGGAGCUGAGAAGGAGAGAACGUCCCAGUGAGCGUGAGGAGGAAGAGAGGAGAAUCUCCCGGGUCAGAGAGAGGGAAGAGGCCCUGAGAGAGAGGAGAAUCGAUCGUCAACGGGAGCUGGAGGUGGAGGUGUCUGAGCGCCGGGCAAGGGAAAGGGAGGAAGAAGUGGCCGCAAUCAGACAGAGAGAGACACGGGAGAGACGAGAGCGAGACAUUCAAAAUUGUGGGGAAAUCCUGGGAACAUCUCUGGGGAAAUUAUGGGGAAAAUCAUGGGAAAAAUCCCCAUGUUUCCAGAACAUUCCCUGUUUCCCAGGUGUUCAGCCCCUCCUUUCCCAGCCCCAUUCCCGUGUUUCCAGAACAUUCCCAGCUGUUCAGCCCCUGGUUUCCCGUGUUUCCAGAACAUUCCCUGUUUCCCAGGUGGACAGCCACUCGUUUUUCUGGAACGUGGCCCCGGGGGCCGAGGCCGCCGUCGGUUCCUUCGUGGCGCUGCUGGCGGCUGCCCAGGCCCUGCAGGCGGCCCCGGGCUCCCAGAGCCUGCCCAGGAACGUCCUCUUCGUCUUCUUCCAGGGGGAGACCUUCGAUUACAUCGGCAGCUCCCGCCUGGUGUUUGACAUGGAGCAGGAGAAAUUCCCGGUGCGCCUGGAGAACAUCGGAGCCUUCCUGGAGCUGGGACAGGUGUCCCUGCGGAACAGCUCCGUGCUCUGGAUGCACACGGAUCCCGUCUCCCGCCGGAACGAAUCCGUGGAAUCCCAGGUGCAGGAGAUCCUGGAUGUGCUCCGGAGGAGCGGCUCCGGCUCCGGGGUUUCCCUGGAGGAUCCGGGCGUGUCCCAGCCCCUCCCCCCCUCGUCAUUCCAGAGGUUCCUGAGAUCCCGGAGCAUCCCGGGCGUGGUGCUGAGCGACCACCGGGCCGCCUUCCGCAACAGGUACUUCCAGAGCAUCUACGACACGGCCGAGAGCAUCGGGAUCCGUUACCCCGAGGGGCUGAGCCCCGAGCAGCAGCUGCACUUCGUCACCGGCACCGCCCAGGCCCUGGCCGAGGUGGCCACGCUGGUGGCCCGGGCUCUGUUCACCCUGGCCGGGGGAAAAUCCGGCAGCGAGAGCAUCCGGGCGGAUCCCGGAACGGUGACGCGGCUGCUCUACGGAUUCCUGCUCAACUCCAACAAUUCCUGGUUCCAGUCCCUGAUCAAACCCGACCAGAAGGGAAUCCUGGGCCCGUUCCCGCAGCACUACGUGGCCGUCUCCAGCCCCACCAACACCACGCAGCUGCUGCAGGCGGUGCUGGGCAACCUGACCGGGGCCAGCGUCAACCUCAGCCGGGAGCAGUGCCAGAGCCCCGGGAAAACACCCGGAACGCAGCCCGAGCUGUUCGAGUACUGGUGGGUGCAGGGCCCCCUGCAGGGCAAUUCCAGCUCCCGCCUGCCCGGCUGUGUCCGCUCCGGUGUCCGUCUGUCCCCCGCGCUGUCCCCGGCCUUCGAGCUGCGCCGCUGGGACUCCCGGGAAUUCUCCACCUGGACCGAGAGCCGCUGGAAGGACAUCCGGGCACGGCUCUUCCUGGUGGCCAGCCCGGAGCUGGAGCUGCUGACCCUGGCCCUGGGGGUGCUGGUGCUGCUCCUGUCCCUGCUCUGCACCUUCCUCAUCAACUCCAGGGCCGCGCUGCUCUUCGGCCUCCCGGCCCCGCCCGGCCCCUCCGGCUACUGAGAACCCGGGAAAAACCUGGGAAAUCCGGGAAAAACUGGGAAAAACCCGGGAAAAAAAACCUGGGAAAAACCCUGGGAAACCCGGGAAAAAACCCUGGGAAAAACCCGGGAAAAAACCCUGGGAAAUCUGAGAAAAACCCCUGGGAAACCCGGGACAAACCCUGGGAAACCCGGGAAAAAACCCUGGGAAAAACCCGGGAAAAAUCCUUGGAAAACCCCCUGGGAAACCUGGGAAAAACCCCUGGGAAACCCGGGACAAACCCCUGGGAAACCCGGGAAAAAUCCUUGGAAAACCCCCUGGGAAACCUGGGAAAAACCCCUGGGAAACCCGGGAAAAAUCCUUGGAAAACCCCCUGGGAAACCUGGGAAAAACCCCUGGGAAACCCGGGAAAAAUCCUUGGAAAACCCCCUGGGAAACCUGGGAAAAACCCCUGGGAAACCCGGGACAAACCCCUGGGAAACCUGGAAAACCCUGGGAAACCCGGGAAAAAAACCCUGGGAAAUCCAGGGAAACCUCCUGGAAGGGGCCUGGAAAAGCCUCGGCAGGGAAUUCCCCCGGAGCUGGGAAUGCCAGAGGCGUUCCCGGGAAAUCCGGAAUUCCAGGUGGGAUCCGUGCCCUUGGGGGCAAAUUCCCAGAAUUCCGGGUAAGAUCCGCUGCCCUGGGGGGGAAAUUCCCAAAAUUCCCGGUUGGAUCUGAUGCCCUGAGUGAAGAAUUCCCAAAAUUCUCGGUUGGAUUCGAUGCCCCAAGUGAAAAAUUCCCAAAAUUCCUGCUUGCCUGAGUGGCAAAUUCCUGGGAUUUCUGGAUGGAUCCGGUGCCCUGAGUGGGGAAUUCCCAGAAUAUUCCCAGAAUUCCCAGUUGGACCCAUCCUGUUUCCCAGGGUGGAGCUUUUCCCAAAAUCCGGAUAAAGGAAGGAUAAAGGGGGGGAUUUCUGGGAAUUGUGAGGAAUUCCAAUGGGAAUUCCCCAUGGAAAAGGUCCCUUUUUUCCCUGGGAUUUGUAAAUAUUAUAAAUAAACCCUUGGAAUUCCCAAGGAAACUUUA